AUGGUUUGUUCAGCGGAGAGAAUUGACGACGCGAUGACUACGAAAUCAACGCAAGAUGGAUCUUCUACACUACCAAAGGAAAGAAGCACAAUUGGGGAUGUGGAGCAUGGAUCUGGUGCCCGAGAUUCUGCUUCAUCUGCGACCUAUGUCUUCAAAUUGAGAAGUCUUUUAUGUGAUGCAGAGAAAAAGAAACCUUUGCCAUUUAGUUUAGAGUAUUUAGACUCUAAUAGCAGUUCUUACAAACAGUUAGCCAAAGAAAUAUGCAACCAGGUAAAAGAAGUGAUAGAGCUUGGUGAUUCUCCACUCAGAGUCGUUUCACCAUGUUUUGAUAUUCAUUUUCUCCGGAUGAGUGAUUCUGGACUUGAUGAAACUGAAGUGAAGCUGUCAAUUCAAGUUGUUGCCCCAAAUCCCACUGAUUUUCAUAGUAUAUUCAAAACAAAUUACGAGAGAUCACCGAAGAAACAUUUACUUCUAGAUACUCGCAACAUCGAGGCUUUGUGUGCAAUAUAUUUGAGUGUUCGUUGA